GAACAACUAAAAAACUCUAUUUUUCCGAGAAACAGAAAUCCUAGAAUCUUCUUUGCAAGAGUUAGCUAUUCAACAACAACGACUACAACAACCACCACAAUGUCAACAGCAGCCUUCUGCUAUAAUACAGGGACUGUUACUCCCGUAGCAGCAAUUUGUGGACGUAAGAAGAGAUCUAUCCUGACAGAUCCGUUAUCUGAGGACUGGGGGGAGAUCAUACCAUCUAGUCAAUUCAAAUCUCCUCUCAGUGAACUGGAGAGUGGAGAUGCUAUUGCAAAACCUUCUGCUCGAGAUGCUCGUCUAUUCUUGCUCCUAGCAUCAACAUCAACCAUUAGUGUAACUGCCACAACAACAACAACAGCUUUUACAGGAACUUUAACAAUAUCUAUUGGGUGUGUACCGCAGGGCAUCUCCGCUUGUCCAACUGGAUAAAUCGUUUGUUAUCGUUAUUCUUCUUGUUAUCAUGAUGCUUGACUGAUGUGAUUCUAACAGUGAGUAAAAUAAAUUGUUAUGUAAUGUUAA